AUGAAAAAUACUAGUGGUGUUCACCCUGUUGGUCAUUUCUCUAUUGGAGAAUCAUCCAUUGAUGAGAAAACAACAAUACCUAUUCUCACCCUUCAACCAGGCACAUUCUUCCCAUCAAAGAAGAGGGUAGACAACACUGACCCAAUAUAUAUUAGAGACUGUUACAUUCGACUUUUGGAAAAAAUAGAUUUGACUCAAAGGGUUGGUAUGACUACAUUGGUAAAAGGUAACCCAAGUAUUGGUAAAUCUAUUUUCCUCUUUUUUUAUCUAUACCAAAAGAGACUUGACCCAAACAUAAAGUCAAUUUUCUUUGAUGUUGCCAAUGCAGCUGAAAUGUAUCAGUUUACAUACACCUCUACUCGGGAACCAGUUGUAUACUCUGGUAAAGGGAGUCAUUCCAAGACAAGUUAG